GUCGUGCUUCCUGCCUUGCUGAGGGAGGGGACGGUGCUGACGGCUGGGAGGACGAAAGGAGAGACAAGAAAGCUUUAGGGAAGACAUACGAGAGUGGGGAACGGCCCGGGUUUCCACCGUCCGUCGGGAAACAAACACCCCAGUUUUCUGUAGCUGCUGGAUUUGUCACCAAAUCAGCGCUAAACAAAAAUGUCGACCAGUCGUCAGCUUAGCGAGAGCAGGGCCAUCCCGACCAAGACGGUGUUGAUCAACAACACAACGCAGCUACCUCAUGACUAUUGUACCACCCCCGGAGGCACUUUAUUCUCUACCACUCCUGGAGGAACCCGGAUCAUCUACGACCGCAAGUUCCUCCUGGAUCGGCGCAAUUCUCCCAUUGCCCAGACUCCACCGGCUCACCUGCCUGUCAUCCCUGGCGUAACCAGUCUAAAUGUUCUGACUGAGAACCGGAAGAAUGAAGCCAACAACCACGUCAACAACCACGAUGGGAAGCCUACAACUGGUGAUGAUGCUCAGUUUGAAAUGGACAUCUAACCGACUGGAACCACACCAGCAAAAGGAAAUAACCUGGCAACACGUGUGCCAGUGGCUUGGCUUGUAGAAACCAAUGUCGUGAGCCCUCAUGGCAGCCAUCUUCUUUAGCUCUUUGUCUCACUGCUGGAUGUAAUGUGUGUAAACCAUGGGGAUUCAGUCUAUCAUACAGGUACAGUUUGGCCAUUGCUGGAAACUCGGUUUAUUUGAAUAGAUUUCCAUGGUUACCAGUUGCAGUACAAAUUAACUUCACAACACGGGAGCUUCUCCCAGAAUGCCCAAACAAAUUAGUCCAAUUUCUCGGGAGUCCCCCAGCAGAGACGUAAAACAGGAAAUAAUCCACGUUAAUUGGGAGAGGAAGUGGUUUUUUUUUUGUUUUUUUCUUUUUAGUCUUUGCCUCGGAAUCAAUCGAAACAUAUGAAAUUCCACACAGUCUUUGGUUUUGAAGACCCUUGUUAGCAUGACAUUUCAGUGAUUUUUUUUUUUUUUUUUUUUUUUUAUUAAUUGUUUUGAAACUACUUGAAAAGCCCCACAGUCUAUUAUUAUUAUUAUUAUUAUUAUCAGUUGGACUCUUUAGUUUCCAGUGAUGGUUUGUAAAGGGAUGCUGUUUUCAAUUAGGUGAAGAUUUCAUGCUAUUCCAAGACUUCACUCUUCAUUACCAACACAAGGGUGCACAAGUUUCCAAUUUCCAAGAUAUGUUUUGUUUUUUUGUUUGUUUGGCUUUUAUGUUUUGUUUUGUUUUUU